UUGCUCGCUUCUUUUCAGAAUUCUUUAUUCAUUCCCUGUGUCUUCCUACCACUUUGCGCACCUUAAAUACUGAUGAAUUCAUCCCAAUGAAAGAGCAUCAAAGGUCUGCUCAGCAAGCACUUGAUUCUUGUUUCUACUAUUCUUUGGAGGAAAUGGGAAGACCUUCUUGUUGUUCCAAGGAGAAGCUGAAGAAGGGCUUGUGGUCUCCUGAAGAAGACGAGAAGCUUUACGCUCAUGUCAUCACACAUGGAGUUGACUGCUGGAGCUCUGUGCCGAAAUCAGCAGGACUUCGCCGCUGCGGUAAAAGUUGUCGGCUCCGGUGGAUCAACUACCUCAGGCCCGGCCUAAAAAAAGGCAAGCUUUCGCGGCAAGAAGAGGACCUGAUUGUGAGCCUACACCAAGUUCUCGGAAACAGGUGGUCACUGAUUGCAUCCCAUUUGCCGGGACGAACGGACAACGAGAUCAAAAACAUGUGGAACUCAAGCCUCAAGAAGAAACUCUGCCAGCAGGGGAUCGACCCGAGCACCCACAUGCCGCUGAGUGAGGUAAAGGCGCCAGCUGGGUUGUCGAUGGAGGAGAAGCCAGGCUUUGACCCUUCUUCGCUGCUCAUUCAAGAUGGUUUCUUGGAUGGUUCAGAAAACAGCAGCGACUGGAAUGUGAUUGGGGAUGCAGCCUGGACUUGGGCGAUCGACAGUGAGUGCGUUGGUGCAUGGCAUGAGAAGAAAGACUUUGAGAGUUCAGAACAGUACGGCAAUGGCUGUCCGAGAUUGAUGAGGUCACUGUCGUAUGAUCUUGCUGAAGCCGGAUUCAGUGAAUUUGAUGUUGGUUUCUUCUAGAGUUUGUUGGGGUGCACUGUUCUUUGUUCACAAUUUGGAGAUUUGAAUCAUUACUGAGACAUAACAGAUCAUGUACGUAGUUUAUUUUCUUGUGUGAAAAAGGAUUUUUGGAUUGUUUGUUUUGGGAGAAGAUUCAUUUUUUACUAUUGAACCUCUCCGAGAGCAUAGAAGAUGGUAAGCUGGGACGUAG